AUGUCUUUACAGACGGUCUUCCAAAGCUCCAAAGGGAGCAGACGGGGCUACAGCUCAUGUUCUGCUAUUGGUGGUGGUGGAGGUGGUGGAGGAUGUAGAAUUGGCUAUUCUUCAUCCAGGGGAUUUGGCGGCGGUGGCAGUGGCCGAUAUGGCAGCAGAAGCCUCCAUAAUUAUGGGAGUGGAAGUACAAGGAUUUCCUAUGGACGGGGCUAUGGAAGAGGCAUCUGUGGUGGCUAUGGUGGUGGAGGAAUGGGUGGCGGAGGAAUGGGUGGCGGAGGAAUGGGUGGCUAUGGUGGCGGAGGAAUGGGUGGCUAUGGUGGCGGAGGAAUGGGUGGCUAUGGUGGCGGAGGAAUGGGUGGCGGAGGGAUGGGUGGUUAUGGUGGUGGAGGGAUGGGUGGCUAUGGCGGUGGUGGAUUUGGUGGUGGAGGAAUGGGCGGUUAUGGUGGUGGUGGCCUUGGUGGUGGUGGAGGAAUGGGUGGUUUUGGUGGCCCAGGUGGUGGCAGUGGAGGCAUUCGACCUGUUGAAGUGAACCCAAGUCUUCUGCAGCCAGCCCGUGUAGAUAUUGACCCCCAGAUCCAGCAAGUAAAAAAUCAGGAGAAAGAGCAGAUCAAGGUCCUCAACAACCAGUUUGCCUCUUUCAUUGACAAGGUUCGGUUUCUGGAGCAACAAAACAAGGUUCUGCAAACCAAAUGGCAGAUCUUACAACAGCAGUCACAAAGCCAAGGCCCAAGGCAGAACCUGGAUGCCCAGUUUCAGGCUUUCAUGAAUGGCAUAAGAAGGCAAAUUGAAGCAGUCCGUAACCAGAAGCCCCAGCUGAUAUCAGAGCUCCAGAAUAUGCAGGGCUACGUAGAAGACUUCAAGAACAAGUAUGAAGAGGAGAUCAACAGGCGUACAACUGCUGAGAAUGAGUUUGUGGUGAUGAAAAAGGAUGUAGAUUGUGCCUACAUGACCAAGGUUGACUUGGAAUCCAAAGUUAGUGCUCUGACUGAUCAGAUCAGAUUCCUGAGAGCUGUAUUUGAUGAGCAAAUGUCUACAUGGGAGACGGGAGGCCAAGGCAGCACCUCGGUGGUAGUAAGCAUGGAUAACAGUGUUGAUUUUAACUUGGAAGGCAUCAUUGAAGAAGUGAGAGCCCAAUAUGAGCAGAUCGCUCAAAGCAGCCGAGCAGAGGCCGAAGCUUGGUACCAUACUCAAUAUGAAGCCCUGCAGAACACCGCAGGAAGACAUGGGGACAGUCUGCGCAACACCAGGCAGGUGAUUCAAGAGCUGACCCGGAACAUCCAGAGGCUGCGUACAGAAAUCGAUCAUGUCAAGAAGCAGUGUGCUCAGCUCCAGUCAGCCAUUGCUGAAGCAGAAGAGCGGGGUGAGAUGGCCCUCCGCGAUGCUAAGCAGAAACUGCAAGAGUUGGAAUGUGCCCUGACAAAGGACAAGGAAGAGUUGGCUGGCGUAUUGAAAGAGUACCAAGAGUUGCUGAAUGUCAAAAUUGCUCUGGAUAUUGAGAUUGCCAUGUAUAAGAAACUGCUGGAAGGAGAAGAGUGCAGGUUAUCUGGCCAAGGAUCCCAAGUUCAUGUCUCUGUGAGGAGCAGCGGUUAUGGCGGUGGAUAUGGUGGAGUCGGUGGUGGCGGAAGUGGCGGCGGCAUUGGUGGUGGAUUUGGCGGUGGCGGAAUGGGAGGAGGAAUGGGUGGUGGCGGAAUGGGAGGAGGAAUGGGCGGUGGCGAAAUGGGAGGAGGAAUGGGCGGUGGUGGAAUGGGAGGUGGAAUGGGAGGCGGUGGGAUUGGAAUUGGCGGUGGAAGUUGUGGCUACGGAGGGGGAAGUGGAGGCUAUGGAGGUGGAGGCUAUGGAGGUGGAGGCUCAGGAGGUGGAGGCUCAGGAGGCUCCUGCGGAGGUGGUGGAUUCUCGUGUGGUUCAGGAAGUGGCUCCAGCACAGUCAUAAGGAGAACCACUACAUCCAGCUCGUCCACUAAAUCAUCAGGCAAAAAGUAUUAAGGAUCUCAGCAAGUCCCCCAAAAGGAAAGAAACGUCUUUUAGCUUCUAGUGGCAGCAGCACAACAUCUUCAACCCCAUCCAGAAAAGAACAAACUGUGCCCUUUAAGAGACAAGAUCUUAUCUCUUUUGCUUCCAAGUGAAAACCAGCAGCA